GGUGUUUGGUAUUAUGCCGAUCAAUCGUUCACGAUUCUCUUGGCGCCUUGAACUCAGCAAUAGAUCUAUAUCAUCAAUCCUCUCUCUCUCCUUUCUCUCUCUUCUCUUUCCUCGUCACCGGCAGAAAACCCUAGAAAAUGGUUUAUACUAUAUCAGGGAUUCGACUGCCUACUGCUCCGUUCGUCUACCAGUCAUCUGGAUCGAACUUUCUCGGUGAUCGGAAGACUACGAAUCUCUCACUAUCGUCGAGGAACCGUUAUUUUUCUCGUAAGAUUUUUGCAGGGAGGUCUUCUUAUGAUUCUGACUCCCCAUCUUAUACAGUUGCUGCAUCUGAGAAAGUCCUUAUUCCUGGCAGCCAGAGUGACGGUUCUUCAUCAUCAACAGAUCAAUUGGAAGCUACUGAUACCAAUUUGGAAGAUCCUCAGGUAUUACAUGAUGUAGACAGUCUGAAGAUGGAAGAAGAUAGUGACAUCGAGGUUGAUGAUAAUUUUGUAGAAGCAACAGGUGAUUCAAACGAGAUUGAUCAUGAGCAAAUUACUGCUGCUUCACCUCUUGUAGUCGAAGAUGGUAAAGUUAAGGAUGUGAAAGCAUCAAUUCCUUUAAACAAGCUGGUAGAUAAAGAAAAGGAUGCAGCUAAACCAAGGUCCAUUCCUCCACCUGGCUCAGGGCAGGGAAUAUAUAAAAUAGAUCCACUUUUGAGAGGUUAUUCCGAACAUCUUGAUUAUAGGUAUGGGCAAUACAAACGAAUUCGUGAGGCAAUUGACAAGCAUGAAGGUGGUUUGGAAGCGUUUUCUCGAGGCUAUGAGAAAUUUGGUUUCACCCGGAGUGCCACAGGUAUCACUUAUAGAGAGUGGGCACCUGGAGCUAAGUCAGCAUCAUUGAUUGGAGAUUUCAACAAUUGGAAUCCUAAUGCAGAUGUUAUGACCCGGAAUGAAUUUGGUGUAUGGGAGAUAUUUUUGCCGAAUAAUGCAGAUGGUUCUCCACCAAUUCCCCAUGGCUCAAGAGUGAAGAUCCGCAUGGAUACUCCAUCUGGCAUUAAAGACUCCAUUCCUGCCUGGAUCAAGUUCUCUGUACAGGCUCCUAGUGAAAUUCCAUAUAAUGGGAUUUACUAUGAUCCACCAGAAGAGGAGAAGUAUGUGUUCCAGCAUCCUCAGCCAAAGAGACCAAAAUCACUUAGGAUUUAUGAGGCACAUGUUGGAAUGAGUAGUACGGAGCCUAUGAUAAAUACGUACGCCAACUUUAGAGAUGAUGUGCUCCCUCGCAUCAAAAAGCUUGGUUAUAAUGCUGUUCAAAUCAUGGCUAUUCAAGAGCAUGCGUAUUAUGCAAGCUUUGGGUACCAUGUCACAAAUUUCUUUGCCCCUUCCAGCCGGUGUGGAACACCUGAUGAGCUCAAGUCUCUAAUAGAUAGAGCUCAUGAGCUAGGUCUGCUUGUUCUCAUGGAUAUCGUGCACAGCCAUGCCUCAAAUAAUACGUUGGAUGGGCUGAACAUGUUUGAUGGAACUGAUAGUCACUACUUCCAUUCUGGAUCACGGGGCUAUCAUUGGAUGUGGGAUUCACGCCUUUUCAACUAUGGACACUGGGAAGUACUAAGGUAUCUUCUUUCAAAUGCAAGAUGGUGGCUGGAUGAAUACAAGUUUGAUGGAUUUAGAUUUGAUGGUGUGACUUCAAUGAUGUACACUCAUCAUGGAUUGCAGGUAGCAUUUACUGGAAACUACAAUGAAUAUUUUGGACUUACAACUGAUGUAGACGCUGUGGUUUAUUUGAUGCUGGUUAAUGAUCUUAUUCAUGGGCUGUUCCCUGAAGCUGUUUCCAUUGGUGAAGAUGUUAGUGGAAUGCCAGCAUUCUGUAUUCCUGUUCAAGAUGGUGGCGUUGGAUUUGACUAUCGGCUGCAUAUGGCCAUUGCUGACAAAUGGAUUGAGCUUCUCAAGAAAAGGGAUGAAGAUUGGGAAAUGGGUAAUAUUGUUCACACUCUCACCAACAGAAGGUGGUCGGAAAAAUGUGUCUCUUAUGCUGAAAGUCACGACCAAGCUCUAGUCGGUGACAAAACCAUUGCAUUCUGGUUGAUGGACAAGGAUAUGUACGACUUCAUGGCUGUGGAUAGACCAUCAACUCCCCUGAUAGAUCGCGGAAUAGCAUUGCACAAAAUGAUCAGGCUUAUUACUAUGGGAUUAGGUGGAGAAGGAUACUUAAAUUUCAUGGGAAAUGAAUUUGGGCAUCCUGAGUGGAUAGAUUUUCCAAGGGCUGAUCAAUAUCUUCCUAAUGGCAAAUUUGUCCCUGGGAAUAAUAACAGUUUCGAUAAAUGCCGGCGUAGAUUUGAUCUAGGUGAUGCAGAAUAUUUAAGGUAUCAUGGACUGCAAGAAUUUGAUCGGGCAAUGCAGCAUGUUGAAGAAACAUACGGUUUCAUGACAUCAGAACACCAAUAUAUUUCAAGGAAGGAUGAAGGUGAUAGAAUGAUCAUCUUUGAAAGAGGGAACCUGGUCUUCGUCUUUAAUUUCCAUUGGACUAAGAGUUAUUCAGACUACCGUGUAGGCUGCUUAAAGGCAGGAAAAUAUAAGGUUGUCUUGGAUUCAGAUGAGAAGCUAUUUGGAGGCUUCAAUAGAAUUGAUCACAGUGCAGAGUACUUCACAUUUGAUGGGCAUGAUAACCGACCUAGUUCGUUCAUGGUAUAUGCACCUUCUAGAACCGUAGUGGUCUAUGCUCUGGCAGACGAUAAAUUGAAACCGGUUGAGGCAUGAACUCAGAUCAUGACAAAGAUUUCUCACAGAGCUAGAACAUCUUUAGUAUUCUCUUGCUGCAAUUUCAGAUUUCCCAUCAUAUCAGCAGCCCCAGCAUCCAAUAGGCAAAACGGCUAGGAUCAGAGAGACAAAAAUGGGUAGGAGCAUACCUGCAAGCCCAGCAAUGAGACCAAUCUAUCUUUGGGCAUGUACCUAAAUUUAUCAGCAUAAAGCAUUUUGUAAAUGUUUCUAUAUAUUGAAUUCUUAGGUUGAAGAUAUGACUGCUUCUUGGUGAGACAUACCCAUGUAUAGCACACUGUACAUCCUAAUGUUUUUGAAUCCGUAGUAGUUGAUGAUGCAUUUGAUGAAUGCAUAGGAUUUCUCUCGAUUAAUAAAUAAAAGAUUACACAUUUGACAGGCA